GUGAGGGAGAGGAGGGUAGGAAAGAGGAGAGCGCGAGAGCUCGGGGGAGAAGGGCGCUCGGCUGUGUUGACACCAGGCGCAGGCUGCCCAGCAUCCAGCCCCGGGAGCCCGGCGGCUCGCGCUCGGCAAGAGGAGAGCGAGGCUGAGCUGGGAUCGGUCCGUCGUGCUGCAGGGAUCCACGUCUGUCCGGGAGCUGCCCAGAGGCGAGAGCGAGCGGAGAAGCUCGGGUGAGCGAGGAGGAGGUGACGCCGGAGGAGCGCACGAGGGAGCACGGAGAGCGGCGGAGACAUGAGGACCUACUGGCUGCACAGCGUCUGGGUGCUGGGCUUUUUCGUGUCUCUCUUCUCGCUGCAAGGUGCCCUGGAAUUACAGACGGCCGCCAGAGUGUUCAGCUUUUACGUGGAUUCUGAGGAUCCGAACUCAGGACUGCCCGUUCGCAGCGUGGAUUUUAACCGAGGCACCGACAACAUCACCGUAAGGCAGGGGGACACGGCCAUCCUCAGAUGCGUUGUAGAAGACAGGAACUCGAAGGUGGCCUGGCUGAACCGCUCUGGCAUCAUCUUUGCUGGACAUGACAAGUGGUCUCUGGACCCCCGGGUUGAGCUGGAGAAGCGCCACUCUCUGGAAUACAGCCUCCGAAUCCAGAAGGUGGAUGUCUAUGAUGAGGGUUCGUACACGUGCUCCGUUCAGACACAGCAUGAGCCCAAGACCUCCCAAGUUUACUUGAUCGUGCAAGUUCCACCAAAGAUCUCCAACAUUUCCUCGGAUGUCACUGUGAACGAGGGCAGCAAUGUGACUCUGGUCUGCAUGGCCAAUGGCCGCCCUGAACCUGUUAUCACCUGGAGACACCUUACACCAACUGGAAGAGAGUUUGAAGGAGAAGAAGAAUAUCUGGAGAUUCUAGGCAUCACCAGGGAGCAGUCAGGCAAAUAUGAGUGCAAAGCUGCCAAUGAGGUCUCCUCAGCGGAUGUCAAGCAAGUCAAGGUCACCGUGAACUACCCCCCCACUAUCACCGAGUCCAAGAGCAACGAAGCCGCCACAGGACGACAAGCUUCGCUCAAAUGCGAGGCCUCCGCGGUGCCCGCUCCUCACUUUGAGUGGUACCGGGAAGACACCAGGAUAAACAGUGCCAAUGGUCUUGAGAUUAAGAGCACGGAGGGCCAGUCCUCCCUGACGGUGACCAACGUCACUGAGGAGCACUAUGGCAACUAUACCUGUGUGGCUGCCAACAAGCUGGGCGUCACCAAUGCCAGCCUAGUCCUUUUCAAGCGUGUUUUACCCACAAUUCCCCACCCCAUUCAAGAAAUUGGCACCACCGUGCACUUCAAGCAAAAAGGACCUGGCUCGGUGAGAGGAAUCAAUGGAUCCAUCAACCUGGCCGUACCACUGUGGCUGCUGGCGGCGUCUCUGCUUUGCCUCCUCAGCAAAUGUUAAUAGAAUAAAAAUUUUAAAAAAAAAAUUACAAAAACACACACAAAAGAAAAAUGCGUCACACAGGAUACAGAAAGAGAGAGAGAGAGAGAGAGAGAGAGAGAGAACUUGCAAGAUGGGGGGAGACCGUUUAUUAUUUCACGAGUUUGUGUGUCUAUAGAUGAAGGGGAAAAUGUGAGAAUGAAGAAAAUACAGCACAUAAAGCUAUGUUAAAGUCCGUCGAUAAAAAUUUGAGUGGAAUUCAGGGUGGGGAAACUUCUACCAGGAUACGUAUUCUAAGCAAAAACGGAUGCUGUGUAAAGACUCCAUCGUGCUAAGGACAUGCAAUGUUGUAUAAAUGAGUCAAGAAGUCCUAGAUGGAUGUUAACUCCCCCCCCAACUCAUGUUACCCCUCCUCCCUUCAUCCAUUUUCAUCUGUGGGGGAAACAAGUAAGGUCUUGCCUUUGGUGUUCACACUUCCACAAUCCUGUAUUCUGUUUUCCGUUUGAGCUGAUGUGUAGCCAUUUGGGGGCUAUCAAAGGAUACCUGUGUUGAGUCUUUAUUAAGCUUCCCUCAACUCCACUAUUUCUCCACCCUUUGAGGUCAUCCUUUCUCUCUCCAGUGUGUUCUAUUCCCCUCAUACCCAUUCCAAAUAUUCCCUUUUUAUUCACCUCAACACCCCACCUUUUCACCCCCAGCACCCCCCCCCCACAGAAUACCAGUCACGCCGCAAAUGCUAGAAAGUGCCAUUUUAAUUUUCUCCACUGUAAGUGUGUGCUCAAGUCUCUCGCUCUCACGUGUUGUACGUGUGUGUGUGUGUGUGUGCGUGUAUGCUCGCGCGUGUGUGCGUUUGUGUCUCUCUCUAAAGCAUGCCAAGGGAAUGGUCCAUGUGUACAUAGACCCAUUGUGCUGUAGAUAGCGUCCUGCAUCGCAACUGUGACAUGCGGCUCUGGAAACUGCUGGGGAGGCAGCGGGGAGGGUGGCAAGCGGCAGAGCCUCUCCCUCCACUCGUGGCUGUCACAUGACACCAGUGUGUAUUCAAGCCACGUCGUGCUUCUUCCAAGGGCAGGACCCCCAUACUCCUCCGCGUCCCAUUCUCAGAACCCAGUCGGGAGUCACUCAGAAUAUCACUGUAAAUGAAAGUGCCUACUAUCAAUGGGGUGAGCAGACAGUGAAACGCGUCAGUGAUAUGGAGGGAGAAAGGGCCUUGGAGGGAAAGAUUUCUGACUCUACUCUCCUUUCAUGAGGGAUUUAUAGAUUUCUCAGCUUUCUUGAGGCCAGAGUUGAGCACCAUGUAUUCAGCAAAAUUCCCAGGAACAGGAGGGUCCCCAAGUGGUCAAUUCCCAAGUUAAGAAUGAUGGAGCCACCUGGAGAUGGAAGCUGUCUUCUUUAGCUUCCUCUCCUCUCUGGUCUUCACGAAACACUGCAUUUACCCCAUCAGUUCUUCUGAGCAGAGAUUGGUUCCUCCUUCAGGCAAAAUACAGUGAAAGUAAGCAAGAUAAGAGAACUAGACAGAUGCCCAAGUCUCUCACCAUAUUCCUCAGAAACUAUCAGUCCUAACACACAGCACUGACCAUAACAGAGCGGACUCACUCUUUGUGUUCCUACAAAGAUCCCCAUCCUAUUGUUCUAGGCUAACACUUUAUCUGGCUGUCUAUGCCACCCCGCUCCUGCUCCACUGAUGACAGUGUAACAUCUCUGUUCACAGCAGCCCAUCAUUAUCUCAGGCUAGGCCACCAGGAAACACGCCAUGUCUCCCUUCCCUCUCUCUAUCCAUAGUUACACCUUCGUAAAUUAUGUUAACACAGAAAAAUGAGCUAAUUCCUUGACCAAAAGGCCUAUGCAACUUAACUGACCCUGUCAGAGCUCAGUAACGUCUCAUCCCCAAAAGGGUUAGCAAGGCCUUGCAAGGGGCCUACCUCUCUGAGUGAAGCUACCUUGGAUAGGAGACCAACCAUUGCUUUACACUACGCAGGCAGCAGAAAUGGUUCCAUUAAGAAAGGGCAGAGAAUUAGUGUUGACGUCAUAAUUGAAUUCAAUCCCACAGAGCCAAACAGAGUAGCUCAUCAAGCUUUUGAACCUUAAAAAUAGCUGCCACAUGACACAAACUGAGGGAUGGAUGGAAGGAAGGAAGGAAGGAAGGAAGGAAGGAAGGAAGGAAGGAAGGAAGGAAGGAAGGAAGGAAGGAAGGAAAGGAAGGAAGGAAGGAAAGAAGGAGGGAAGGAAGAAAGGAAGGAAAAAGAAAGAAGUUACCUGAGUACUUCUUUAGAUUAUUUUUGUUUCCUGAAGGAGUCUAUCAUUUGUGUUACAAGUGUGUCACAUCCUUCCUUUGUGGUUUUGAAGUCUGGACAUGGAGCAGGAAAUAUAUUAGACUUGGGAAUAGGUAAGAGACUUUAUGACAGUAUUUAUGAGCUAGGAUAGUAAUUCUUAUCCACGAAGGUAGCCAGGAAACACACACACACACACACACACACACACACACACACACGAGGAAGGUGAGCCACAUUCUUAGGCAACAUCAGUUUUUUGACAAUCAGGGAUUUCUCUAACAGUUUGGUCUUCUUAUUAUGGAAAUCGAAGAAUCCAUGUCCCCACAUGUGAUUGUUGAUGAGGUAGCCACAUGUUGAGAGGAAACUUUAGUCAAGUGACUGCUAAUUUACGUAGAGGACAGAACACAAAAAUAUGGCUGGGGCUUCUUCCUGGCCACCUAGGAAUAGACGCCCAUGGCAUAGCACAGGCUCCAGUCACACACCUGACAUAGGAAGGGUCUUCACACCAUCAACAGGACAAGAGUCUGGUUUUAUGAGAGGAGCUUGGAUACAUCAGUACCUUUGAUUUUAAUAUAAUGGAUCCUAUAUACAUAAUUAAGCAUGUUUAAAAUGUAUUUGUCUAUAUCUAGCAGGGUUUAAUAAAAAAAAAAAAAAACUUGCUCCUUGCUUCUGUUUCAGUGAAAACAUUGACCCCAGACAUCUCAUAAGCUUGAGGAUAUUGCUAAACCAUGUAGAGAAAGAAGGACAAUAUAGUUUGGAGAAAGAUCAGACACAAAGUAGGGCCAGUGGACCUACAUCAAUAAAAAAAAAAAUAAAAGGAGUCUUGACAUGCUAAUUCUUGGAAUCUAGUUAAUCACAUUGCUGCAAAUCCCUCCAAGAAUCUUGUCUAUUGGUAACCAAAGCACUAAACUGGUUGGAAAUACUGUAUUGAAAGGAAAGGAAUGCAGCAAUGAAUCUGAACCAUUAACACAUUUCAUAUCCUUUGCACACAAUGUGAAAUUCCGCAAUUCAUAAAACACAAUUUUUAGCCUCAGCUUUCAGUUAAGAAACAUAGAAAAUGACCUUGACCCAGGACACAUCCUAAAAAAAAAAAAAAAAAAAAGAGAGAGAGAACUAUUCUAGGUUUCCCAACUGCAGAAUUGUGAUGCUACUUUGAAAUUAUCAGUAGCUUUUGCCUUGCUGAAGGAUUACUGUUAGCAUUGCACCACUGAAAAGCCCUCUCUCCUACAAGAAGUAAGGGUAAUGGAAAAUUAAAUGUGUAUAUAUAUAUUUUUUUGUUAGGAAGGAUGGUCCAAUUCCUUCUUGCCUUCUCUUCCAAAUCAACCAAAAUUUCCCGCCCCUCCCCCCUUUUCCAUGGCCAUUGUUUAAUUUAACUUUCACAGACUACUGGGGCUAUUCAUAGAGACCUUGUAAAAAUACUAGUGAUUUUCAUGCUCUUGGAGGUCAGAAACAAAAGGAUGUUUUGCCUCCAAAGAUGGACUUACCUCCUUUGCACACAGAAACUGAACUCAUCAGCAUGAAGCGGUGUGAUUCUUCCCUACCAGGUGGUCACGUUCUCAUUCGCGGGUUCAUCCCUGAAUUGGCUAUAGUUUGACUCUCAGCGAGUCUCUCUGGAUUUCUCAUUUUGUCCCUUACAGGCUUUGAAUUGUUUGUGGAAAAUAAUAAUAAUUAUUAUUAUAUAUAUACGUCUAUGUAUUUUUUUUAAUCUUGUCUUUUCAAAUGCUAUAUUUACAACAAUGUAUGUACUAUAAGAAACAUUUAGAAUAAUGAUUUAAACUUAAAAGGAAAAGUACUGAAUUUGGUUUCUCAAAAAAAAAAGAGCUAUGCUUCAUUUAGAAAGACAUGGGUCCCUAUUUUGCCAAUUUUGUAAUAAUUUGCUUCAAACAAAUUUUCUUAUAAGACCAUGUGCAGUGGGAAUACCAUGCCCUCAUCUUUUCUUCAUCCUCAUGAACGUUUAGCCUGGAUUAAAUCUUGUUUUUCCUAAAGCACCAGUUUUUAUAACUAUAUAAGUGCAAUAUUACAUCUUACGUUAAAAAAAAAAACCACUGUUUAAAAUUCAGAAGGCAAAUAAUCAUACACUAACUUGGUGAGAUAA